GAAUUCGUUUAUUCGCUCAAUGUGGACGUAGCUUACCACGGUAAAGGAACAAAGUUGGCUGACAACGACAGUUUUAUGGAGCACUCGUAACUAUUCUCUUGUGUAUAAAUUGUUCAAAGUUUUUCUUUCGGAUAAAUCCGAGUAAUUUCGUUUCCGCGCGAGAGUUUUAACGAACGAUUCUAACCAAAUAUCAGUUCUAACCAGAGUAAACGCCACCAUGACUCACGCGCUGUGUCAUUAUUAAUUGUUUUCAUAUUUUGCGGUUCGAAAUGUGUCGCAACAGCACCAGGUAAUGCCCCAAAAUUCUAGUCGAAUCACGUAAAUCUCGAGUGCAAGCAGUAUAUCAGCGGAAUAUGGCAGUGGAAAUGUGGAAGCUCGUUUUGGCAGUAGUCAUCAUAAAUUCAGCGACCUCCGAGAGAAUUAAGGACAUGAUAUACAUGCCCUUGGAGGGAGUAGCUGGGUGUUUUCGAAGGCACAACGGCACGCAUCAAUUCGGAUGUUCCUCCAGUAGAUCGGGAAGUGUGGGCGUAGUGCACCUGGUUGAGGUGGGCGACGAUAUCGCUUGGAUAGAAAGGAAUGCCACUGCCGGCCCGUACACCGUGGUCCUACCGUUCGCGAUGUUCAGUAGAACCACGCUCGUGAGACUCAGGAAUACGAACAACAUAAACGGCGUACUGCUCACGAAGAACAUCAGCCACGAACGUCCGCUGGAAUAUUCGCCGGAGGACUCGUGCCCGAAUCGAUACUCCGGUUACAAGGGGUGCAACGAGACGAGCCCGUGGAAUCCUCUCGGGUCGGCGUUGCUCAUGGAAGACUGGCCGUUUCCUAUGUUCUACACAGAGAAUCAGACGAUCCUGGAGGCCAUAAAGACCUGCUUCUGGGCGCACAAUGCGCACGACCUCGAGACGCAGUACCAACGAUCCCUCUGCGCGAUAGAGAUGAAGUCGUUCAUGUACGCCGCCGUCAACUCGGAAUCCUGCAUAAAGCGCACGGACUUCAUGAUGAACUUCAAUCCGACGCAGUUCUGUGACCCGCUCGGGGACAGGAAUGUACACUGGCCGCUGGCGCCCCUCGACGAGAACAAUAAUAAUACGGUGAUAAUGGUGACGGCACGGCUGGAUGCGUCGUCGUUGUUUGACGGUAUGUCGCCCGGCGCGGGUAACGCCGUGACGGGACUGGUCACACUGCUCGCCACUGCGUACUACCUGAAUCUCUUGAACGCCACCGUCGACAAAACGAACGUCGUGUUCUCUCUGCUGAACGGAGAGGCGUUCGAUUAUAUAGGAUCCAGUCGUAUGGUGUACGACCUGAAGCAGGACAAUUUUAAUGCCCUCGGUGGAACCAAUUUGAAAUUCGACGACAUCCAGAGCGUGAUCGAAUUCGGCCAGCUGGGCAAGGGAGAGCUAUUUCUUCACAGCAACGGCGAGAGCGACGUGAUACACCGUUUGAAGCGCGCGUUGAAUGCCACGGUUCUAGACGGGAGCGUUCCACCCACGUCCGUGCAAAGUUUCCUGGAGGCGAAGCCGGAUCUGACGACCGUCGUCAUAAGCAAUCACGGCGGACAGUUUAAGAAUCGAUAUUACAACAGUAUCCUGGACGACGCGGAGAGCCUCGGCUUUGACAAAAACGAUACUAGCACGCUUGCAUCAGAUUUAGCGAAAAUUGCUCUUCAGGUUGCGAAUGAGCUUUACCGAGCGGUGACGGGCGAGGCGCCGCAGCCCGCCGAUCUACCGAUAUCCCUGGAGAAGCUCACCGCGGAAAUGCUAUAUUGUUAUAUGGAGAGCGCCAAGUGCACUCUGUUUCGCGCGGCUUCGGCGCCCAAUGCCAAAUUGAUCGAUCAGGUCCUGCCCCUGUACGUCGGGGUGCACAGGGCGCUUAACAUUGCAACGACCCUGACGGGCCAGCUUUUGGCCUACCUGACGGGCGAGAGGCUCCACGAUAUGAACGAGACGACGUGCCACGAAAAUCGGCUCGCUUGGAUGGGCGGUCAGAACUUUUCGGGCCUGUGUAUCAAUUCGACCGUCAAUUACAGCACGGCUGUAAGCCCCGCGUUUAUCAUCGAGGGAUACGACAUGAAAUCGGGCGUCUACUCGACUUGGACGGAAUCUAUAUGGCAAACCUUAAGCGUUAGAAUGUUUCUCAAACCAGCGGCGGCGACGGAACGUUUCAGCAUGAUUCUGGGUAGCUUGGUCGCCGGUUUCUCCUUUGUGUUGGUGUGGUUGAUCAACAGUCGUGCUGAUGUACUAUUUAAUUCGAGGAGAACCGUUGAUUGCUAGGGAUACGCCGCGGACCACAUAUCAAUGACCGGGUUGGAUAAUCAUCGAGAAAAUCAAGAUGUUCCGGUAACUAGCCUUUAACCGUAUGUGUGGUACGCCCUCGGACGAUUUUUUAUACCCCGAAAAAAAUACCCGGAUGUGUCUCGCUUUAUCAUCUUUACAAUUACCUUAUUUAUCAUCAUCGUCUCCAUCGACAGUGGUUCAAUUGGGAAAAAUCUCGAACGUAUCUUUGAUACCCGAUGGCGAGAUGAAUCUUUCCUUCACUUUCUCCACGAUAUCUAUAUUAAUUAUUUAUGAAGUUACGUACCAAAAGAGACAUUAGAGAUGACUGAAACGGGUAGCUCGAUAAGUUUAACAAUUUGUAUUGUGUAUGCGUGUAUAUAAGGUAUGAAUGUGUAUACAAGGUAGUCGCGCUGAUACAUAUAAGAUUUUUUUAAUAAAAUUUACGUAAAAGUGCUAUAGCUACUUUAGCGAGUAAAAUUCGUGUAACGUUAAAAAGGUCGAGAUACGGAUCGGUAGCGGAGAAGUGUGUCCCUUUCUCUCUCCCCUUUUCUUUCCUUCAACUUUGGUUUUUAAGGGGCAAAGGAUACAGGAUGUUUUUUUUCGUCACAAAUAUUAAAUCUCGAGUGCAUAUUUCCCUAAUCACUUUCACUUUAUACAAUGUAUCGCUCUUCGCCGCAGCAACGGUGUAGAAAUAUAUCGACAGUAUUGAAAACAAAUGGCAUCUUACAUAAUUGCGGUAAGAAUAAAAAGGGGAUAAUGCAA